AGGCUAAUCGCGAUGCUUAAGCUCGGACUUGCGGUUCCCACACGAAGCUCCUUGAGGUGCGGUCGCCUGGGAAUGGCCAGACUCUCUGUGGACAAGGAAAAGACUGCACUGCAUCAGCAGGAGCAGAAGGAGGAGGAGGAGGGGGAGGCGGAGUCCGAUUGUCACUCGGCGGAAGAUGCUCCCAAAGUAAACCGGAACGAGACGGUGCUAUUCAAUCAUGCCAUUCAGGAGUUCCUGCGCAAGCCGCUGGAGGUGCCCACAAUAGUCGGAGACGAACCGGUGUAUACUAUGGAUAAGCAGCGGGUCUCUUGUCCGCAUCACCUCAAGACGAUCCUGGCCCAAGUGUACUACGCCAAUCGUAAGCAAAUCGAGAUGGCCAUCAAGUCGGCUCUGUUGACGCAGGGAACAUGGAGUCUGGUACCCAUUGCCGAACGCCUGGCCAUUUGGCGACGGGCGGCGAGCAUCAUCGAGGAGGAUGAGCUGCGUUUGCGAGUCUUCCUGAUGUUGACCCUCAGCAAAACCGCCGACGAUGCGACGCGGGACAUCAGGAGACUGCUUAGCUCGCUGAGGGCCAACGCCGACUAUCUGGAGCACCUGUCCGAGCUGCGCUUCGAGAUCCAGGGCGACAUGAACGUCUUUCCCAGCUUCCACUUACGGCCCAUGGAUGGCUUUGUGGCUGCCUUGGCCCCAUUUGAGUCGGUGGCCUUGUCCGCCAGUUUGGCCCUGUGUCCGGCACUGAUGGGCAACACCGUGCUGUGGAAUCCAUCGUUGGAGGUGGCACCAGUCAGCUUUCUCAUCCACCGGGCCUUCCAGGAGGCAGGUCUGCCCAGCGGAGUGGUCAACUUUGUGCCGGCCAACGAGCGUCUGUUUCUGGACACCAUCACGGAAGCCGUGCACUUUGCCGGACUGAAUUCCCAGGGUAGUGCGGCUGGCUACAGGCAUGUCCACAAGCUGGUUAGCGACCGGAUGGAGCGGUACAUCUGCUUUCCCCGCCUGGUGGCCGAGUGUCCGGGUCAGAAUUUCCACUUUGUCCAUCCCAGCGCCAAGGUGGAGUCCGUAGUCUCGGCCACCGUGAAGGCGGCCUUCGGAUUUGCCGGGCAGCAUGCCAACUCGCUUUCCCGCAUGUACGUGCCCUCAUCUCUGUGGCCGCGCAUCCAGGCGGAUUUGCUGGAGGCCACGGAGCAGCUGAUCGUGGGAGAUCCCGUCCAGCCGGAAACGGACGUGGGGGCAAUGGUCAAUUUGGAAGGAUUCCACAGGAUGCAGAAGCUCCUGGAGCGCACUAUGGACGUGGAGCAGUUGUGCGGUGGCAGUUGCGACGACAGCGUUGGUAGAUUUGUUCAACCCACGAUUGUCCGGGUGACGGAUCCACUGGAUCCGCUGCUGUGUGAGCCCUGCAGCGGACCCUUCUUGCCGGUGUUUGUCUACGCCGACGACGCCUUCGGGGAGGCACUUAAACUGGCCGCCAACCAGUCCAGGUACGCGCUCUCCGGCUCCAUAUUUGCCAGUCGGGACGAGGUGAUCCUCCACUGCCUCAACCAAUUGCGCAUGUGCGCCAGCAACCUCUACGUGAACGAACGUUGCACGGGCAGCAAUUACGGAUUGACUCCAUUCGGUGGCAAUCGCCUGUCCGGGACGAACGAUAAGACCGGAUCCGCUUACUUUCUCAUGCGUUGGAGCUCGCCGCUGCUCAUCGAGGAGACGGUAGAGGGUCCAGUUCCGUCACAGGGUUCCAGAAACUUUCCCUAAGCUGGUCAGAGAAAUUUAAAACAAAAGUAAUAAAUAUACAUAUUUAGCGGGCA